AUGCCCGACGAUCAAGCUGCUGCCAACGGUGCCGCUGCCGCCAACGGUGCCGCUGCCGCCAACGGUGCCGCUGCCGCCAACGGUGCCUCUGCUGCCAAUGGUGCUGCCGCUGCCAACGUCGCCGCCGCUUCCAACUGGGACGCUGUCCUGUCCGACAUCUUCGCCCUCAUCCCCAAGCAGCGCGCCGUGACGUGGGACUACCAGCCCGUGUGGGUCCUCAACUCGAACCCCGGCUACAUGGACGCCGUUGACUUCAACGUCGUCCUGGGGCAAGGCCUGACCAAGUACCGCGUCGUCGUCGACGGCACGGACCUCGGCAGGAACCCAGGGGUCGGGAUGGGGAUCACCGGGGAGAAGGUGGACUUUGGGAUGUUCAGCCACAAGGGGAUUUCGUCCACGUCGACGAUCUCGGUGUACGCGGAGGACCCGACGACGAAGAACUUGUACCUGUUGGCACAGUGGCCGGUUACGCCUCCGUAG